AUGAGUGUAUCUUCCUUUCACAUCCUGAGCAAAUUGGGAGAUGGAAGCUUUGCAGAGGUUUUCCUCGCCCACCACCUUCCACAAAACAAGCUCUACGCAAUGAAAGUCAUCCGUAAGGAGGUAAUCUUAAAACGACAUCUCAUUAACCAAACUCGCUCCGAGUAUGACAUUCUCCGGCAGAUCUCCCAUCCCUUUGUAACAAAACUGGAAUUCGCCUUCCAAACUAGCAAUUCGGUCGUUUUCGUCAUGGAGUACUGUCCGCGUGGUGAUUUAUUCUAUCUUAUCAAGGAGCGUAAUCUCACCGAAGACCAAAUUCGAUUUUUUGCCGCGGAACUCGUAAUAGCGCUUGAAUAUCUUCACAACAAUAAAAUUAUGCAUCGAGAUAUAAAGGAGGAAAACGUCAUGAUUGGGCUCGACGGACAUAUCAGGCUUGGGGACUUUGGACUCAGCAGGGAGGGCAUCAUAUAUCCAGACCGAGGCUCGAGAGACCUGUGCGGCACCCCCGAGUACAUCGCUCCGGAAAUGCUGCGAGAGAACACUCACGGAUAUGCUGUGGACUGGUGGGGCUUCGGCGUGCUGCUCUUCGAAAUGCUGGUCCACUGGUAUCCCUUCUACAGCUACGAUCGCAAUCGUUUGUACGCCAAGAUUCGAAACUUUCCUGUGGAUGUUCCGUCGACGGUGUCGUCCGAUGCGAGCGAUCUGCUGUAUAAAUUGCUGCGAAAGGAGCCCACGUCGAGACUGGGAGGAGUGAGGGAUGCGCAGGAAGUGAAAGAACAUCCGUUCUUUCGCACGAUUGACUGGGACAUGCUGGAACGAGGAAAGGUACCAGCGCCGAUCGUAGGAAGAGAGGAGGAGGAGGAAUGA